AUGGCAGAAAGUCACCGGCACAGACGCUGGCACGGACGAGCAGAGGUGCAAUGCUCGCUGACUGGUGAUUGCUUCGCCUCAGUCGUGUCGACUAGCUUCCUGCCGACACCUGGCACCCAGCGUGUGUCAUUGGACUGGAUCGGGACAAGAGUCGCUGUUGCCCCUAUUCUCUGGCUGCUGACGCUCAAUCAGCUCUCGGCCGGUGGUCGCGAGGUUGGCAUCGAGAAUAGAAGCUAUACGGAGAGGAGGCGCGCAACAGCGUGGCAUGGCAUCAGCGGCGGCGCGAUGCAGUGA